GGAAAUAGCUACGACGCUAAUCCCAAUGCGGUAGGAUGUAAACAAUUAAAUUCAUCUUGAUUUGAUUUCGCAUGUCAUUUCAUAUUCAAGCCCAAAUUCACUCGACCCUUUCUCUCUGGCAUUAUUUCAACCCAUGUUGCCUUUAAGUUCUUGCUUUGUAUUUUUGCUUUUGAUUCUAUGAAGCAUCGAGCAUUUCCUUAAUUCCAUACGCAAUACACUGUACAGUAUUCACCUUGCUUUCCGGCGAGACAACAAACAUAUCAAUUGUCGAUCAAGGUGAAAACUCAUACAUCGAGGGUAUGGCGGAGAACGACGUAACCAUGACCGUGGAGGUUGAUCAACCUAUUGCUUUACGAAGACAAAGAAGAAGUUGUGUUGGUCCAGAGACACGAUCACGAUCACCCUCUCGAGCUUCAACGCCGUCUAUGAUCGAGGUAUCAAUACCUUUACCCGCAACACCCAGAGCAAGCAAACCUAAGAAGAAGGUAAGAUAUUCCGAUCCAGGUUCAAACCUUCUUCAGGGAUCUUCUUCUGGCCUGACACCAUUCCUUCGAAAAUCAUCGCUCUCAUCUGCGAGAUCAAACCGUCGACAUUCAGCACCUGUAAAGCGACUACUGGAUCGUCGGCAGGACAACGAGCCAUUCUCCGGAGAAUUCCAAUUUGCCCCACUACGACAAGUGUUGGAUGGCAGAGUUACUAGGCGUAUGAAAAGAAAUCGACUAAGUGAGGAGACCAACAAGAUUGACUGGGAGAAGAAACAUGAGGCCAAAGCAAGAAAGUCAGAAAUAUUUCGACUCAAGCAGGAAUUGCAGGAAAAGGAUCAAGAGUUGCAGUGUAUCCAGGAUGAGCAUGACGCUGCAAGCCAAUUAGUAUUUGAGGCAGGCACAUCCAUUCGUGCAAACCCUGUUAUCAUGGAGAAGUUUCAAGAAAUGGAACAAGAGAUCCAGGAGCUAAAAGCAGAGUUAUCACGAAAGGAAGAACGUUCGAACGCUCAACAUGACUGGCAAAUUGGAACGCAGGAUCCAUUUGAUUUCGAUGACGAUGAUGAUCACAGUAUCAGUAUGAGUGUGGCGGGAGAUCAUGAUGUCUUUAAUAGACAUGAUGAUACUGACAUGGUGGUCGACUCUUCAUAUGACGACCAUGAGAUAAUAACUUUUGGCGGUCCUUUCUCCAAUUCAGAUGACCUGACAAAUGCGCACAAUAUUCCACCUCCAUCACCACCUGCCACAAUAGAUGAUACAUCUUCGCAAAAGCUUUUCCAUGAAUCAACGUCGACGCAAGCUAACUUCCCGGAUCCUCUCAAUGAAAAGCUCGAAGCUCAACUUCUCCACUUGCAAUCCGAGAUCAAGAAUCUUACUUCCACCUUGGCACUGAAUAAAGACCAUGAACAUCGUCUUUCCCAAAAGUUGAUGUCAUACAUCCCAUCCGAUCAAUCUCAUGAUAGCUCAUCUCUCGACUCUGCGCUUGAUUCAAUUCUUACAACUCUUACUAUUGCUCAAGCUCAGGCUCUUGAGAAGGAGGCAUCAUUCAAUGCUCUCUCAAACGAAGUGACCUCUUUAGGAUUCUCCAUAGACCCGGAAGCCACCAUCAAGAUUAUUUCCGAACAAUUCCACAACGCAAGACUCGAGUUCGAAUAUCUCAAUCCUGGGGAAGAAGCUGAAGGAUUCGAAAAUGACAAACUUUUGAGUAUGUUGCUGGGACGUCUCAAGAAUUUAGUCGAGAAGACAAGGGAACAAGAUGAAACCAUCGAUCAGUAUCAUGCACAAGAAGUCAUUCUUAGACGACAACUGGCCGCUCGUAUUGAUGCCCUGCAAGAUGUUCAAAAGGAACUAUCCGCUGUUUCAACCGCUGUCUCAAGAAUGAGUAAAGAACUCGCCGAGAACGAAACCUCAAACUCACGCCUCCAAAGCGCGCUGAAUGGUUAUCGAAGUGAGGUUUCUGGGUUGGAGAAUCUUGUUGAGAAAAUCGAAAAGGAGCACAAAGUCGUCGAGGAUGAUCUGAAACGUGGAAUUCAUAACCUAGACGAUCAACUCCAACACGAAAUUUUCAGGGCAAAUGCAUUUGCCAUGGAGCUUGAAGGGAAGAAUAUGAUUGUGGGUGAACUUUCGACAAGAUUAACAGCUGCUUUGAGCGCUUCUGCCAGUCUCCGGGAUCUUCUCAAUGAGAAAGAUGGACAAAUACUUCUCCUUGAUCGACGAAUCAACGAGGAUUUCACAGAACGCGAUGAGAGAAUAACGGAGCUCCAGGAAGAACUGGAAAGAACAACACGCAUUCUGAAGAACACUCAAAAAGCGGUUGAGAACUUGCGACAAGAAAACUCAGAUCUAAAGACCGAAAACGAGGAUCUUGAGAACUGCGCAGAACAAUUGAAGGGACUAGUCAGCAAGGAGAAGAGAAGAGGAAAGAAAAUAGUUGAUGGAAUGAGAAAACAACUUUCUAGUGUCAUGGAUCUCGGAAAGGGAUAUAUGGAGAGUGAGAAUGAGUCCAGUGAGACGGAAGCUGGAGAAUUCACAAGAAAUCUGCAAAUCAAAGCCCCGGUUGUCAGAAAAGGUCAGUAUCUGGAUGCGGCAAUGGCAAGAAGAAGAUCAAGUGGUGGUGUGGGAGCUAGUGGGAAGAAGAAGAGAAGAAGAUUUGAUAGUGGAUUAGGAUUUUUGGAGGAGGAAGAAAAUGAAGCUGAGGAUGAGGGAGAGGAGAGAGAGGAUAUUUGUACCAAGAGGGAGGAAGUAGAUUUACUUGGUUGAUUUAUGACGCUUUCACUAAUGACUUGUCUGGAUUUCUGGAGUUGGAUGCCGGAUACCUUCUAUCAUAUUGUACUAUACCGCUCUAUACCUUUUGGGGGCUGGGAAUGGGGUGGAUUAAAUAGGAUGGGCAUACACAUGGUGGGAAUGGCAAACUGGAUUGACAGACAGACGGAUGAAUGGAAGUCUGUCUGUCUGUCUGUCAAACAUAUCUGUCGAUACGGUUCUAUUUGUUUUGUUUUGUUAUUCUGCGGUAUGUCUAGAAUAGGAAAGAUUGGCUGGAGUAGUAUGAUAUGACAUGAUACCUCUUUUUGUGUAUGCAAAUGGAGAUUUGGCGAUGAACAUGAUAUGAGGGUACUUUUUUUUAGUUAGUUGUAAUGAUGUAGAUAAUUUAGCAUA